GGGCUUCAGUUAAAGUAGGCAGGAAUUCUGCUCUCAUGUAUUAAACCGGUGAAAGCAGCUGCCUGCCUGCCUCGAUUUUUUUAUAUGUACCCCUCUCCCUCACUGCUCGCUCUCUCCUUUGCACCCCUAGUACUACUGCUCCUCCGACUUGCUCUUCGCGCAGCAAGACGGAGAAACAAGAAUCAUCCCUCGCCUAUUACUACUACUCAUGCAUGCGCACUGCCUCCUGGUGCCGCGUAUGAACCAGACAUGAAUAGGGGGCACAGCAGCAGCUCCAAGCUCAUCAACGAGAAGCUCGAGGAACACCGGAUCUCCACCGCGAAGCACUGCCCCCACUGCGGCGAGAAAAUCGACAGCAAACCGUUGCACCUCCUCAGCUAGCAUCAGUACCAUGAGACUUGGUGGUGCAACUUGUUUUGAUGGAAUUAAUUGCUGCAAGAAGGAUUGGGUGGGGCUGCCGGCAGGCGUCAAGUUCGAUCCAACUGACCAGGAGCUGAUCGAGCACCUCGAGGCGAAAGUGAAGGAUGAAGGCUCGAGAUCUCACCCUCUCAUCGAUGAGUUCAUACCCACGAUAGAUGGGGAGGACGGCAUAUGUUACACCCACCCCGAGAAACUUCCAGGUGUGACGAGGGAUGGCCUAAGCAAGCACUUCUUCCACCGGCCGUCCAAGGCCUACACGACGGGCACGAGGAAGAGGAGGAAGAUACAGACGGAGUGUGAUGUCCACAAGGGCGAGACGAGGUGGCACAAGACUGGAAAGACGCGGCCCGUGAUGGUGAACGGCCGGCAGAAGGGGUGCAAGAAGAUAUUGGUACUGUACACUAACUUUGGCAAGCACCGCAAGCCGGAGAAGACGAACUGGGUCAUGCACCAGUACCACCUCGGCGACCUAGAAGAGGAGAAGGAGGGGGAGCUGGUGGUGUGCAAGAUCUUCUACCAGACACAACCCAGGCAGUGCAGCUGGUCCUCUGAUCGGGGCACCGCCGCCACUGCUGCCAUGGCAGCAACGACGAUGGCGGCGCAGGAGCAGCAUAGGAGGGAUAGUGGCAGUGGCAGCUGCUCGUCUAGGGACCACGAAGUGUCAGCGACAUCGUUCCCGGCCGGAUACACAGUCACCACGGCCGUCGAGAUGCAGCAGCAUAUGAAGCAGCCUGCGGACCAUUUCAGCUUCGCGCCUUUCAGGAAAACCUUCGAUCAGGAGGUUGGUAUAGGUGGUGAUCAGGUGCCAUCUAAUCAGCUUGGACGAUCAGAGCCGCAUCAUGCCGGCCAGGGGCAGCAGCCACACGGUCCAGUGCUCUCGACGACGACGGCCGUGCCUGCUACAGCUUUCCUGAUCAGUAGGCCAUCGAACCCCGUCUCGACUAUAGUGCCACCUGAAAUGCAGCACGCAUCGGUUGUUCUCGAUCAUGAUCAGUUCCAUGUGCCAGCAAUCCUUCUCCAUCACCAUGACAAAUUUCAGCCUCAGCACCAACAGCAUCAGCCACAACAAAAGCUUGACCGCAGGUCUGCCGGCUUGGAAGAACUGAUAAUGGGAUGCACGUCGUCCACAAGCACGAAAGGGGAAACUUCAAUUGCUCACCCCCAAGAGACAGAAUGGCCUUACCCGUACUGGCCACCUGACAACCAAGAUCAUCAUGGAUAGUAGCAAGGACUGGUAAAAUAGUGGCGACUGGCGAUGAAUGCUAAAAGGAACACUAACCACAACCACUUUCACUGGAAUGGUUUUUGUCUGCUUGAACAUGCAGCGAUGCUUUUCUUGGAGAAUGUACACCUACUAUAGUGGGGGGAAGAACAGAGAAAAAUUGAUCUCUGUAGAUCUCCCUCAAUAAAAAAAAGGAACUAUGUGAGCUCUCCAAGACAGAAAAGACAAAAUGGCCAACGAAAAGAGAAGAUGAAAGAUCGAUGGGAGGAAAGGUAUUGUUUGUGCUGACACUGAAGGGAUCAUGUGUGGGCCGCUAGAUGUAUUAGAGACCACUUAAUCAAGUACAACUAUAAUCAGUUCACCGUUUAUCAUAGUUUUUUUAUUCGUACUACCUAUUUUCUAAUUGUAAAGAGUAGUGGUAUUGUUUGCGUGUACAUUAACCCUUUUAAUUUCUUUUGCUUUCCAAAUUGAUGCUGAUUUUAAUUUCC